AACAAUUUGGUGUAAGUACCCUGAACGUUGCGCCAAAAAGUAGUUUAGUCUAGGAAAUAUUUGAUCCCUUUAUUUGGCAAAUAUGACAUAAGACAAAUAUUUUAAUUUUUUUCUUACCGUAAGAUACAUAUAUAUAUAUAUAUAUAUAUAUAUAUACCAAUCUUAUACACAUUUAUACGUUCCUCGAUUCAUGCGAACGUUGUUAACUUCUUCAAGGUGAUUUAUAAGAGUUAAAAAUAAGUGCAUAAUUCGAAAAAUGUCAGCGAUGGAUGACAUUCUUGAAAGUUGGGAAGAAAUUGAAGAAUCAGAGAUAUGUAAAAUAUAGAACGUUAAAUAUUUUAGACUUCUAUCUUCUAAAUAGAUUAUUACUGAAAUAUACAUAGAACAAAAGCAUUGAUACAAUACAUGGUUCAAUGUAUAAGUUUGUGCUUGAUAAAAAAUUAGAUGCCCUUCAGUUGAAUGCGGUAGAGGCAUUAGAAGAAAUAGAAUCUUCGAGUUUCAAAACCAGUCACAAUACGAGUACCAGGAUGAUAAUGUUAGGGGAAGAUGGUAUGCGAUCUCAAUAUGUACCUCCAAAGCCAACGGUAAAAAUAUUGAAAAGACCUACAAGAGAUUCACAAGGUAGUGGUGAUGGACCUUUGGUGAACGGGGAUAAACCAAAACAACCUAUUAAAUCUUUAAAACAGAGGGAACAAGAAUAUGCAGAAGCAAGAAAAAGAAUUUUAGGCGAAGAGAAAAGUCCAGAGGAAAAGUUAAUGCAAGAAAUAAAUAAAAUUCAACCAAAACCAAUAGCUCCAAGUAGCAGUGGGCUACCAAGUAAUAUUCUUCGUAUGCCUAUUGGACCAGAUGGAACACGAGGAUUUAAUGUACGCAGGUAGCGCGUCUUCCAGGGUUCAAUUCUUUCCACCCAUCCUUUUCCUCCUCUUCCUUCACCUUAACAUAGGGAAGAGAGGCAGCUAUGAGGCUGAUGGCAGAAAACAAACUAAUCUUUCUGACCAAAUAUGAACACAAUGCUCUUACAAUUUUGAAUGGAGCAUAAUAAGAACUGUGCUGCAGGACACUGUUAUAAAGAGAUUAUAUACAUAAAAAGACCAAGGCUAUAAAUUGGCGAAGUUAAGUCAUUAUAGAACUGAUAAUAUUUUUUACUGGUAUAAUAUUGCCAGUUUUAUUAAUAUCUACUAUGUUUAACGAAAAUAUUUAAUUGAAAUAAUUGAAAUCUACAAUUGUCAUUCUAAAAACAUUAAAAUGAAAUAUCUAUUUACAAUAUAAUAUAAAUUAAAUUACUUUGCUUUUUACAAUUGUACAUGCUUUUCAAAAUAUUGAAACUAAUUGUAUAAUAAAAGAUUUCUCUUUA